GAGUUGUCAUAAACUUAUCGAUCUAUAAAUAGCGUCGACCCAUUUCAGGAAAGAAACACACAGAAGACGGUCCAGGGAAAGCUUUAAAGCAAUAGUUAUAGUAUUUCUUCUUUUCUGUUUCGGUUGGAGAAAACAUGGCGCUUCCAUCGUUCAUCGUGAUGUCCGUGCCAAUGUAUUCUGGAUACACUUAUGUACGCCGCAACGACGACGGCUCCGCCGUGGUGGGGGAAGACAGCAUGUUCAGCCCGCUGGUGAAGAUCGAAUUGGAGCGCGCCACAACCAAUGAUAAAUACGUCCACAUACGCUUCUGCUACAACAACAAAUACUGGCAGAAGAGCGACGGCGACGACGGCAUCGUGGCCCUAUCGAGCAAGCCCGAGGAGGACACGACGAAGCCGUCGUGCACGCUCUUCGAGGUGGCCUUGCUGAUGCCGACGUUGGGCAACUUCACCCACGUCCCGACCGGGCGGCGCGUGAUGAUGAACAACGCCACCAAGGCCCUCUACGUGGACAAGGCGGGCAGCGAGGGCGCGCUUCUCGGGUAUAUGGAUUGGAGCACGCUGGUGAAAUUGCCGACGCACGUGGCUUUCAAAGGGGACAACGAAAAGUAUCUGCAGGCGUUCUACGACGACCACAACUACCUCAAGUUCAAAUCGGACGAUCCCAACUACUACCUGUGCAGCAACACGGUGUCGCUCAUGAACGACGGCCACGUCCGGAUCAAGAACGACCAUUGGGGCAUGUUCUGGCGGCGGAGCCCUAAUUGGAUUUGGGCGGAUUCCACCGACCUCACGGCCAACAACAACGACACUCUCUUCUGGCCCGUCAAGAUCGACGCCGACACCAUCGCGCUCCGCAGCGCCGGCAACAACAGAUUCUGCCAGCGCCUCACCACCGACGGGAUGGAGAGUUGCCUCAACGCGGCGUCCUCCACCAUGGCCAAGGAGGCCAGACUUCAAGUGCAGGAGCUCGUGGAGGCGCGGAGCAUCAACAACGUCAGGUACCGGAUGGAGGACGCCAGGAUCUACGGGGAGACGCCGUACCUGGCCGGCACCAGCAGCGUCACCAACGACGGCGACGAGGAGAGCUCUCUCUCGGUGUCCAUCACGUAUACAGACGAGAAAUCCUACUCCUUCAGCAGCAGCUUGGCGAUAACGGCGGGGGUGACCACCAGCAUCAAAACGGGUGUGCCCUUUAUCGCGGAAGGGAAGGUUGAGAUCAGUUUUCAGGUGGAGACGACGUUCGAGUGGAGCAAAUCCACGACGACUACGACGUCGAUUACGGCGACGGGGUCGGUUCCGGUGCCGCCGAGGAGCAAGGCUGUGGUGAGCUAUGUGGGGACCAAGGGCACGUGCGAUGUUCCCUUCUCCUACACGCAGCAGGACAGGAGCUCUACCGACGGAACAAUCACUGAUACUGAUCAGAUCGAUGGGGUUUACAAUGGCGUCAACUGUUACAACUUUAGUUUCAUCGUCGAAAAAACUCAGCCUCUCGUCUAAUCAUCACAUCCAACACAACAUCCCAACACGCUUAUUUUGAAUACUACUAUAUUCCUUAUUCAGCUUGUGUGCAUGCUAUAAUCUAUUGUGUACGUGAGAGAGGGUUUUUUUCAUCAACUUCUUCAAGGUUGGUUUUUUCCCUCCUAAUUGUGUUGUGUGUAUGCUUUAACUUUUGAACAAUAAUUGUAUGGCUUUUAACUUUAAUUAAUUGUAUGCCUUUUUAUUUUUA